CCCUGCUCUUUCAGGACCACACUGACAAUCCCCAAGGGAAGCAGAGGACAGAUGGGGAAGAGGGCAGGCUCCACCAGCUCUCCCUCAAUUCAUUUCACCAUGACACCCCAGGAGUCGAGAUAAGGAGCUGUCUCCUGAGUCUCUGAUAGCCUAUGAGGAUGCCCUUUUGCAAAGGGACUGCUGGUCAAUAUAUGGAUAUAUUCCCUCCACAGGGGAUAGAGUGAGAGAGAGAGGGAGAGAAGGGACUGAGAUUUACUGGGUGCAAUAGAGAUUCUCCAUGUAAUCAGUAUUCUUAAAAUAUGCCCAAGUCUCUCUGCUAACUGGUACCAGAGGAGAGUCUUCAGUUUGCAGCAUGUGUGCAGGGGAGCAGGAUGCCUGGAAGCAGCCUGUGUCAGGGUGAGUUAACCCUGCUCUGAUGCCAUUUCGGAUGUCCCAGUGAGAACUCUCAGAAAUGCCUAUUGUCUCGGGAGGCAGCAACCAGGACUAUAGUAACAUUAGCUACGGUUCUUGUAGUUCUUUAAACCAUCUGUUCCCUAUCUCUGUUGACACCCCUUCUGUCAAAGGGGUCCACUAUCAAAGGGCCAGGAGGAUUUACCACCCUGAUCAGCUCUGUACAGUUGAUGUGAAGAGGGAGAUCAUCAUAAAUGUUGGAGGAAUCAAAUACCUGCUACCUUGGAGCACUUUAGACGAAUUCCCACUGACCCGGCUAAGCAAGCUAAAGUUUUGCAGCAGCUACGAUGAAAUUAUUCAGCUGUGUGAUGAUUAUGAUGAAGACACCCAUGAGUUCUUCUUCGACCGGAAUCCCAAUGCUUUUGGGAUGAUCGUCAGCUUUCUAGCAGCAGGGAAGCUGAUGCUCUUCCGAGACAUGUGUGCCUUGUCAUUCCAGGAGGAGCUGAGAUACUGGGGAAUUGAGGAAUCCAACUUGGAGAAAUGCUGCUUCCGAAAACUGUUUCAAAAACUGCAGGAGCUGGCAGAGAUGCACAAGGAGGAAGAGAUGCAAAUGAGCAAGGAGACCACAUGUGUCUUGGUUGAGGAAACACAAUUUGAACAAUUUAUGAAUAAACUCAGGGAUAUGGUCGAAAAUCCCCAGUCAGGACUCCCAGGAAAAGUCUUUGCUUGUCUCUCCAUCCUCUUUGUGGCCACCACAGCUAUAAGCCUUUGUGUUAGCACCAUGCCGGACUUAAGAGCCGAAGAAGACAGGGGUGAAUGUUCUCAGAAGUGCUAUUACAUCUUUAUCAUCGAGACCAUCUGCGUGGCUUGGUUCUCGCUGGAGCUCUGCCUCCGAUUUAUUCAGGCGAAGAGCAAGUGUCACUUCUUCAGAGGCCCCCUAAAUAUCAUUGAUUUCUUGGCUAUUUCACCCUAUUAUGUUUCCCUCAUAGUGGUAGAUGACGAGCCAAGUGAGGAAGACGAGAGGCCGAGCAGCAACUCAUAUUUGGAGAAGAUCGGACUGGUGCUACGAGUUUUACGUGCCUUGAGGAUCUUGUAUGUAAUGCGCCUUGCCAGGCACUCAUUAGGCCUGCAGACUUUAGGGCUCACGGUUCGAAGGUGCACCCGAGAAUUUGGGCUGCUUUUGCUCUUCUUGUGUGUAGCUGUCACCCUGUUUUCUCCCCUGGUCUACCUGGCUGAGAAUGAAUCUGGGAAGGUCCUUGAAUUUACAAGCAUUCCUGCCUCAUACUGGUGGGCUAUCAUCUCAAUGACCACUGUGGGAUAUGGAGAUAUGGUACCAAGAAGUGUCUCGGGCCAGAUGGUGGCGCUGAGUAGCAUCCUCAGUGGGAUUCUAAUUAUGGCUUUCCCAGCAACCUCGAUAUUCCACACUUUCUCUCAUUCCUAUUCAGAGUUGAGAAAACAACAUGAAAGAUUACAGUCCCGGCUAAACAGGAUAAAAAACACCAAUCACUCCGGUGAAAUGGAUACCUUCAAUGAGACAGACAGCUUGAUUUCAGAGGCGCCAAUGUCACCGAUUAAGUACAUUUACACAGGGAACUAAGGCUUACUGCAAAAUAUGUCUGAGUACUUGAAUAAAGCAAAGCAACAACCUGGGUGACUUACCAUGUGCAAUGCAAUUGCUGAAAUGGGUGUAAUAAAUUGACCAAGCCAAAUGGAGUCUUACAAUACAGCACUACGGACUUAGUCUUUCAUCACUUUGACUAAGGAAGUCAAAGAUCAGGGGUUAU